GUAUCCUAGUGCGCUCGCUCCCGCUCCAGGCUGGUGGUGGAAAAAAACUGCAGCGGCUGUUACCGGAGCCAAGCAGAGAGGAGCUGCGUGCGAGAAAUCACAGGCACUGGCAAGAGUUGAGCUACACACACUCGGAUUUUCGUUGUUCUUUCCGAGGACGACGUUGUCAAAACCUGGAUGUAUGGCUGCCAAGAAGUGGUAGUAUCGGUGGGAAGAUAUCCGGCGUCUGAAAGGAAAAUUGGCUGCCGCGUUAAGAUGCCCUGUGGUUUUGUCUGAAUCAGUGAGUUAUGGUGCUUUCAGACCUGUAACACUCAAGACAACGGGGAGCUGCAAAUCCUGGCAGGUUCCAGAAGUGGGUGCUGUCUGCUUCAAGACUCCAUGGCUGCCAGUGCUGCCUCUUGAUUCAUUGCAUUGCACUGUCCAGUAUUCUCUGCAUUUUAGCCUUGAAUAGUGUUACUACAGUUAGUUCCUGUAGCCCAAAGCUUCAUGGAGGGGUUUCCUGUCCACUGACCCAUCAGGCUCUCUCACUGGACCAGCUGCCAUGUCCGCCUGCAGCACCUUCACCGAGCACGUGUGGAAACCAGGCGAGUGCAAGAACUGCUUUAAACCUAAGAGUCUGCACUGUCUGGCUCAGAGUAGUGGAGGGAAGCCUCCUUCUGAGCAAAGGCCUCCAACAAUUCAGCAACACUAUCCAUCCCCUGCUGGAGCCAGAGCCAACACUAACCUUACCAUCAACUCCCAGAAGGCUGGCAGUGGGUCUGCUCGCUCAGGACACUUUCGUCCACCGGUUGCUAAGAAACCAACCAUUGCUGUUAAGCCCACUAUGAUGCUGCCCUGCUCCUCUGCAGGACUGGAUUCAGAUGGUAACCUGCAACGACCACCAUAUGUAAUAGAACAGGGCAAAACAUCAGCCUUCACUGUCUGGAAUCGCAAUGGACUGAACCGUAAGAGGCCUGGUGGGCCCAGCAACAACAAUGAAGGAGAGGAUGGCAGUGAAGAGAUUGAAGGUUAUGGACAACUUAGCCCAAUGACCCCUAGUGGAAAUAACAACAGUGGACUGACAGAUGUACUAAAGGAAAUUGCUGGGUUAGGCCCUGGCCCUAGCCCCAUGCCCCUUUCCAGUUCCAAGGACUUGUUUUGGGGAAGAAUCAGUAGUUCAUACAGACGCUCCUUGGAAAGAGGCCUUCCAGCCUCAAGCUGUCUUGCCAUGGGAAGCAGCAGUUAUAGUGGUGGUGGGACUGCUCAAAAACGGGUAUCCCUUAGCGAUAGCUCUGAGGUCAUUAGCACUGAGGGUGGUCGCUUUUGCUACCCUGAGUUUUCCGAUGAUGAUGAGGAGGAUGAGGACGAAUAUACUGAAAGGGAUGAUGAUGAACAUGAGAGCUGGGAUGAAAGUGAUGAAGAGUUACUAGCCAUGGAGAUCCGUAUGCGAGGCCAACCACGAUUUUCAAAUUUCCGCGCUGCCACGUUGUCUCCAGUGCCCUUUGCUGCAGGGAAAAAGUGGAAUACAGUGCCACUUCGCAACCGCUCACUACAGCGUAUUUGUGCAGUGGACUAUGAUGAUAGCUAUGAUGAGAUCUUGAAUGGAUAUCCCUCUAUGGACUCCAAUGGAGUUCUUCUUCCCUAUGGGCCCCAUGACAUGCAAGGCAGUGGUUUCUUAUCAAAUUCAGAGUCUACCACUUCUCCAGAAUCAUCGUCAUCCCUUCCAGAGGAUUCUCGAACAACUUCCAGCAGUGGGAGCAGUGCCCCCUGUGCUCUUCGAAAUGGCUUGCGUUCUCCCUCAUCUUCUAAGGCACCUUUCUCCUUCUCUUCUCCCCCCAAAAAGGAGCCCGUCCACAGAGCACUGAGUCCACUUAAGGUGACUGAAACACACAAGGCUGUCCUAGCCAUUAGAUUAGAGGAUCAGGAUGGCAAAGAAGGCAAGCCAAUGCCCCAAGCCCUUCCAGGUCAACCAGUCACUAUUAGUUUUAGUCCCACAGAGGAGCAGGCUAAACCAUACCGUGUAGUGAAUUUGGAAAAAUCUCUGAUCUGUAAGCCUUAUACUGUAGUUGACGUGUCAGCGUCCAUGACCAACAAAGAUGAGCAGACUCCAGACUCUACCGCAAAACCCAAAAACCUGUCAAUGCCUUCCAGCCCUACAUUGUUCUGUAGCACUCAUUUAGGUCAACCCCUGUCUCCAACCUCCCCUCUUUCUCCUUCUCCUGUGAUGCUAAUGUCACCCACAUCUGUCGCCCUGUCAGGUACACCGCGAAAGAAAUCAGGGAACAUACGCUAUCAAGAAGUGUGGACAUCAAGCACAAGUCCUCGCCAAAAGAUACCUAAAGUGGAUCUAGGGUUCGGGAGUAAUGCUGGCCCCUCCAUCCCUACUCAACACUUCAGCCACAAAUCCGCUCCCACUUCUCCAAUUGCUGGGCUGUCUUCCUCACAAACUGUGCCUGUGAAAUCUUCCAACUUAUCAGAGAUCAAGUUUAACAGUUUCAAUAAUGCAGGCAUGCCUCCUUUUCCUAUUAUUAUUCGGGAUGAACCAGCAUAUGCCCGCAGCUCCAAGAAUGCUGUUAAGGUACCUAUUGUUAUCAAUCCAAGUGCAUAUGACAACCUAGCUGUAUACAAGAGCUUUUUAGGACUCAGUGGUGAACUGCCACAGCCAAAGGGGGUAGGUAGUAGGGUAACCAGCCAUACGUAUGAAGAGAUUGGAUCCUCUGAGAGUGUCCAGUCCUCCUCAACAGAGAAAACUAUCUCUGGUAGAGGCACAUCAGAGAGAGUCUCUUUUGAAGAGACAAAAUCCCCACCUGAGGCAGUACCAAAAGCACCAAAUUUACAACCUAGAACCACUACAGACUCUAGCACCGUAACAAGCACUGUGAGGAGCUCAACAGUUGGGGCCCACUCUCCCACUACAUUAACAAAUUCCCCCGCCAUUCUUGCCAUUACUGCACAGCUACCUAAAACCAGCCCUACAACCAAUGCUGUUACACACACUUGCAAGACAAGUGGCGAUGCUACUUGCAGUAAAGAUGAUAAUACAGAUGAAGCUAUGUCUUCUGGAACAGUGGUAAGCCACAGGGAGGAGGCCAGUGCUGUGCUUUUACAGAUUGUGGCCUCCAUCCAACCUCCCCAGUCUCCUCCAGAGUCACCCUCAGCACAAGCUAUUACCCUCAGUUCUGAAGAGCUGUAUGCCCUCCCACCUGAUGCCAUGAGGGAGACCCUUACCCGACCCAAGUCUCUCUUUACUAUAACUGAUGGCUGUCUUUCCAAACCCAAGAAGGACACGCCCUCCAAAGUUUUGUCUAAAUCCCAGAGUGCCUCUGCUGCUGUCUCACUCUCCAGCCCUCGAUCAGAGCCCAAUGCCCCUUUCCCCCCUCCUAGAUCCACAUCUUCCCCUUACCACGCUUCUAACAUCCUCCAGAGACAUUUUGGCAACUGGACCAAGAGCUCUGCCUCCAGUUCUCCUGUACGACCUAGUGAGGGUGAAGCAAGUCCAGGUGGAGAGGGAAGACGUACUUCAACAGAAAGCUCCAAACCCAAACGCUGGAUCUCCUUUAAGAGCUUUUUCCGUCGACGGAAAGACGAGGAUGAGCAGAGGGAGAGGAUGGAGAGAGAGAGGGACAAAGGCAAGCUGGUUGGGCUUGAUGGCACAGUUAUUCACAUGCUUCCACCACCACCAAUCCAACAACAUCACUGGUUCACUGAGGCCAAGCCAGAUGAUCCGACCCAGAAGCCAACCAUCAUCUUUACCUACAAACCAGAAAGUGGCAACACCCCUGGUGACGGAGAAGGAGAACUACGAGUAGAAGAGUGCAGAGAAAAUGCACUACUGAUGCCUGAAGAGAGCAAGGAAUCCACACCUCUGAGCCCAGGGCGAACAGCACCCUUACAAACCACUGGAUGUGAUCUCAUCAGCAAGGAUUUUAGCCAGGUACCAAUCAGUGCCAGUAAUGCCAGGGAUCUGGAGCUGCCCCGUGCCGCCUUCCUGCCUGCCAAAGUGAAUCUGGGGCUGGUGCUUGGGGAGGGAGAGGAGGGCCAUGCCAACCAGGUUGCCACGGCAGCCUCAGCCAGCGAGUGCAGCGCCAGCCUCGGAGAGCCAGAGGAGGACGGGAAUCACUCCCAUCGCUCCCACUCACCUGCCUCCAGCCAAUGCAGUGCUACAUACAGCAACCUGGGUCAAUCCAGAGCCAACAUGAUCCCACUGAAACAGCCUCGAAACAUCAAAGCAUCCAAUGAUACCUUGGCCUCCAUCGACCUGGACGGCCUUGCUGACCAGCCGGCUCCAAAGGCCACACCCCCACCACUACCUAAGAAGGCUGUACCUCGCUCCAGCACCGAACCAAACCUGGGAUGCAAAGAGGCAGUCCAGGGCGGCCUCAGACCGCGGGCUGAGGCUAGACCUGGGGGCACCAACCUGAGUGUGGCUAACCCUAUCUACGACUUGGACUCUACCUGGGAAACAGCUAGUCAGAGCUCCUCUCUCAGCUCUGAGCCUCAUCGGGGCCAUGACCACGAGAGCGGUGACUCCCUGGAGAGACCAUCAGCUGCCACGGCUGCCAACAAAGGCCGACCGUCUAACAGCGUGUCCUCCCUGGUCCCUCAACCUGCAUCUGCCGCACCCAGUGUCACCGCUGGCAGAGAGAGGCGGGUCUACCCGAGUACAGAGUCUCUGGCUGGAAGGGGUCGGACAACAGGUCGAGGUGCUGCCGCUGGAGGCUCCAACCCCCAGAGACCUGCUCUUUACAGGGGGUUAGACAGCUGGGAUGAGGUGGUGGGGAGGAUCCGGGGGCUCCACACGGACACGCUGCGGAAGCUGGCAGCAAAGUGCGAGGACCGUUUCAUGGCUGGUCAGAAGGAUCACUUGAGAUUUGGCACUGACAGCUGGUCGCACUUCAGGCUGACCACUGGGAAACCCUGCUGUGAGGCGGGGGACGCUGUGUACUACACUGCCUCCUACGCCAAGGACCCACUGGUCAACUACGCCAUCAAGAUCUGUCGGAGCAAAGUGAAGGAGACCCAGCAGCAAUUUUUCCACAGCCUUGCAGUGAGACAGAGCCUGGCUGUGCACUUCAACAUCCAGCAAGACUGUGGACACUUCCUGGCUGAUGUCCCCACCCGCCUGCUGCCCUGGGAAGAGGAGGAAGCUGAGGAGGAGAAAGAUGAUGAUGAUGAGGAAGAUGUAAACAGACUGAAAGAGAAAGAAAAAGAGAUUAAGACUGAAACCAAAGCGACAGACUCCAAGGCAACAGACUCCAAAGCUCCAAACAGUAAAUUAGAUCAAACCCCGACAGCAGGUCACAUGAACACAGUUGGCCGCUUGAGGAGCCGAGUGGUGGUCAUCACACGCGAGGUGCCCUUCCAGACAGUGGCUGACUUUGUCCGAGAAGGCGUGGCACGACAUACCCAUAACCCGGAGCUAUACGAGCGUCAGGUCUGUCUCCUGCUGCUGCAGCUGUGCUCCGGCCUGGAGCACAUGAAACCUUAUCACGUGACCCACUGUGACCUGCGACUGGAAAACCUGCUGCUGGUCCUCUGCCAACCUGGCAACCCCUGGAACUUGGACGUUCUUGAGCCCAACAACAACACCACCUGCCCUGCCCGCCUCAUCAUCAGUAACUUCUCUCAAGCAAAACAGAAAAGCACUCUGAUUGCCUCCGACCCCGGUACGCUACGCGACCAGUCACGCCUCGCACCAGAAAUUGUCACGGCAACUCAGUACCGCAAGUGUGACGAGUUCCAGACUGGGAUUCUCAUCUAUGAGAUGCUGCACCGGCCCAACCCCUUCGAGGAGGCGCCCGAACUGAAGGAGCGGGAGUACACCUGGGCCGACCUGCCGCCGCUGCCUGUCAGAUCGCUCUAUUCACAGGGUCUGCAGCAGCUGGCCAGGUUACUGCUCACUGUCAACCCCUCUGAAAGAAUCCGCAUGUCCGAGGCCCGCGCCUGCCUGCAGUGCCUGCUUUGGGGCCCUCGGGAGGACUUGUUCCAGGCACUGGGCUGCAGCAGCACGGGUCCCAUAUCAGGGGCCACUUCCAGCCAGCGCGAAGCCACCCUCCAGAACUGGCUGGACCUGAAGCGGACUCUAAUGAUGAUCAAGUUUGCAGAGCGCUCGCUGGAUGCGGCUUGCGGUGUGAGCCUGGAGGACUGGCUGUGCUGCCAAUAUCUGGCGUUUGCCACCACGGACACCCUGAGCCGGGUGGUGCACAUCUUGCAGCAGCCGCAGCCACAUCAGAACCAGGGCCAGCCCGUUCACGCAGCGCCGGGCCAAACUCAAACGCAUCAAACACACACUCUCCACCUGACUCAGUCACAGCCACUGUGAGUUCGUCCAGCCAGCUGUCACUAUGGCAACGGUUCCAACUUCCCCCCUGUGGUCCCUCUUCUGACGCUAAUGUGUGAUGUAAGCUAAUAGUCAGCUUUGUUUUUGCAGCAGCCACAGGGCUCACCUAAAACUAAAUAGCUGGUUGUGCAGUAUCUGUUUCCUUCUCGGACAAGACAAUCCAUAGAGUGAGAGGCUGUGUUCCCGUCAUGAUCAGGGUUAUUCUUAGCACUCAUUAACAACAGCGAGAUGGUUAAGAGUCCAGCAAAUUAAGUGUCUAUCCGCUACUCUUCUCUGAACCAGUCCAAGACAAACUGAAACAUUGCAGUGACUUUUCAGACAUCUCCUCACCAUUGUUUUUUUGCCAAAUUCUGCAAGACUACGAACUUGUCAUAGCUAUAUGUUAAAUAUAGUUUGCAUUGCCGCUGUCUGCAGUAAUUUAUUUGAGGCACUGUCAAGUGUCAAAAACAUUUUAGAUUUUUUAAUAGUCCAUAGAAAAGAUUCAUCAGACAUUUAAAGAUGCACCACAGUUAGUUUCCUUCAAAGUUCUCAGUUUCUGUUGAGAAAGCAUCAGAACUAACUAAACUCGGUGUUUGCCUGGAGGGCACUAGGAUUGGGCAAUGGUUAGGGUUAGGUGCCUUGAAGUCAACGGUUGCAGUGCUGCCUGGAAGUCGAUGUUGGGGGCUUAUAACACCAUAGAGCAUUUAAUUCACAAUGUUGUAUUUUAAGCAGUUAACAGUUAAUUCUGGAAAAUACGCAGAUUUUAAAUCUGUAAAGAUGAAGGGAGGUCAUUUAAAGGAAGGGAAUAAUAACAAUUUUAAAGAGACACAUUUUUUGAACCAUGGAGAGGACAAAGCCUGAUGGCUGUCUUCAAAUUCAAAUCUAAUCAGAGUGCAAUCCUUUGUCCGAAUCUUAACUGAUGCAAAAGUGACAUAUGUUUUACCACUGAAGCCAAAGAUCUGCAACAAAUUGUCCACCUGGACAGUUUGUAGAUGUUUUUACAAGAUAUAUUUAAUUCACUUUAUUACAAAAUGCAGUCAGACAUGAUUACAGUAUUUAGAUUUGUUGUCAGUCUCAAAGUUCACACAGCUCAGACACUCAGUGAACAACAGUGAAUUAUCACUCGUAUAAACAUUCAAAAGCCAGUCUGGAGUUAAAUUGACCCCAAGUUACCCCCUUAAAAGCUGUUGUUUCAUAUCAUACUCUACACUGUAGAGUAUGUACCCGAGGUAGGUGAUGAACACUGAGCUCAUUUUGGCUUUGCAGUUUUCAGAGAAUAUGUGCAAUUACUAUCUUUGUUUAUUAUUUCCUUUGGAGGUAACAGCGUAUGAACAUUUAUAUGCAGUCUUUUACUAAUCGUCUCUUCCAUUAGUUUUGUGGCACAUAAACUGAUUCAUUUCAGUUAAAUCCUGCAAAUUAAAAA